AUGCUCGCAUCGUGGACUUCUUGGCUAGUUGUAGCCUCCACACUCGUUUCUGUCACGACUUGCAUUUCUACAGUCCCUUUGAAUAAGAGACAGUCUACUGAGGGCAUCGUCACUGGUAUUGACUCCAGAGAUCAGAAUGGCAACCCUUUCCUCCGUCUCGAAGUGCGCGACAUGCAGGCCAACUUUCCUGAUCAGUGGAAUUUGUAUCUCAUAGCGCUCGAUCAACUGCACACCACAGAUGAGGACAGCCCUUCUUCAUACUAUGGUCUUGCAAAAAUACACGGUAGGCCUUACAAGACAGUACUCGAUGCACCAGGUAUACCGCACAAGAUUGGCAGCACGGGCUAUUGUCCUCAUAGUAUGGCGCUAUUCCUUGGAUGGCACCGUCCGUAUCUCGCUCUGUUCGAGCAAAAGCUGUAUGCACGCAUUCAAAUCCUUGCCACACAUGCACCUGAAGAUCAGAGGGAGCGUUACCAGUGGGCAGCGUACUCCUUCCGAAUCCCAUACUGGGACUGGUCUCUGGGAGAUGGCAGUGGCGACGUGCCCCGAUUCUUCGUCACGGAAACGACCGUAGUGUUCACUCCUGAAGGACGAAACAUCGAGAUCUGGAACCCACUCUAUGCGUACACUUUCAAAUCAAUACCGGACGGCUUUGAAGACAAGUUUCGACAAAUGAAUCGAACAGUCCGCUGGCCAGCAUCAGAAAGCCCGUGGGAAAAUUCUCGCCAAAACGAGUUCAUUGCGAGCUUCGCUAAUCUGAGGCGCCAAAUUCAAGACCAAGUAGCAGUCGCAUUUCGAAGAACCAACUUUAAUGGGUUCUGGGAAGCCAUUGAGCAGGUUCAUGGAGGUCACAUGUGGCCUCUCGAAUACUCGUCUUAUGAGCCGCUGUUCUGGCUUCAUCACGCGAAUGUCGACCGCCUCUUUGCACUCUGGCAGGCGCAGAACCCCGGCGUUCAUCUCCAGCGCACGAACGUCGGUAGCGCUGGCAAUGUUUUCGUGGAGGACAACGACGUAGUGGAUGGCGAUACGCCGCUCCUUCCGUUCCGUCGCAACCCUGGAAGCUUCUGGACAACGAAUGAAGCUAUGGACUGGCGGCUGUUCGGUUACGACUACACAGAGACCCGAGCAAGCGGCAGUGCAUCGGCAGGAGCCACAGUCGCACAGAUGUACAGUGGCAGUACCCGAGGAAGAUUGACAGCAACACAUACUGGCAGCGUUACGCACCACUCUGUGUUCGAUGCUGACGAGGUAGAGUACACAGACUGGAUGAUAAACACGUCAGCUGCGCCACUCAAUCUGCCUUCCACCUUCCUUGUGCAGUUCUCUCUUGUCGGCGACUUUUCGUCAGAUGCCUCGUCAAACGUUGGCAUGUGGUCUGUCAUGUUGCCGACGGGCCACGACAAGGCCAAGCGUCUGAUCCAUGAGGUUGAGUUGCUGUCGGAACGCGCGAUCGUUGAUGACAUGACGCUGCACGGUACGGUCAGUCUGACGUCUAGUCUGCUGGAUCAGAUCGAAGCUGGCAACCUGCGGAGCCUUGAAGACAAGGAUGUUGUGCCGUUUUUGAAGGAGAAGUUGUCGUGGAAGAUAUACGGAGGCGAUGGCACACAGCUUCCUGACUCGAGCUUGGAUUCGAUCAGGAUCGACAUCGCGAGCGAGACUGCACACAUUCCGAGUGAUCCCAACGCGCCAAUCGCGUACAGCAACGCGACCACUGCACACUCGGAAGUAACAGCCGGCAAGAUGGGCGGGGCCAAUUAA